CAGGAGGCUUCAACAAUAUGCCUCAAAUCGUCAUCGAAAUAUAGCACUCAUUUCAAUGGCACAACGGAUGAAGGGCGACCAUCGUGGCGCGGGGUUUCCGUGCUCCCGGCUUUGGCCAGACAGAAUCAGGUCUAGCCUCAUCCUCGCAUUCUCUGCGCCCCGCGUCGAUUUGUUGAGGACAACGAAGCUCGAUCAGGCGGGAGGCGAAACUUGAGGCAAAGCUUCACCGCAUCUCCGCCGACUCUUCCUCAGAACCAUCACUCAUAUCCAUCGCGUUCGAUUCAUGCUACAAAGUCACUGUAGUUGCCAUACUUGAUCUCGAAAGUGCUGUGGUCCGUGUUCUACGACGCGACCAGCCACAGCUAUGACGGUCAGGAAGCUGUACACUCCGGAGGUUCUCUUGAGCGCUCCCAGGAGAUCCGCAGCUGUCCCGAGUCCAGACGGGAAGCUGGCCUUGUACACACAAUCGACAUAUUCAUUUGAGAGCCACUCGAGAACAAAUGAAAUAUGUGUCCUAGAUCUCACAACAGCACAAUCUGUCUGCAUCAGCAAGGAUCCCAAAGCCAGCGAACCUCGAUGGACCGGGACUGGCCAUGAAGUUGUCUGGCUUAAGGAAUGCGACAACGGAAACACCUGCUUCGUCAUCACUGAUGCCACUUUGCCCGGAAAGUGCUAUACUGCAGGCACAGUGCCUGGCCCACUUUCUAGUCUCAAGCUAUAUGUCAUCGAACCAGGCAAGGUGGCCGUUGCUGUUGCCGGCAAAGCAAACCCAGAUGGUAGCCUGCACAACCCCAAAGAUGUCCAGAAACCUCGCAGCUCGGCCCGUGUGUAUGAUUCACUCUUCGUCAGGCAUUGGGACACGUAUAUUACCGAACAACGCAACAGCAUUUUCACGGCCUUGUUGCAGAAGUCCCAACCAGUCGUGACAUCACGUCAAGGUCGAUACAACGUUCUUGGAUUCAAGAACGCUUUGCAGGGCUCAAAGCUCGAAUCUCCGAUCCCGACCUUUGGCGGCAUCGAUCAUUUCGACAUAGGCCCAACAGGUCUGGUCUUUGUAGCAAAAGAUCCAGAGCUCAACCCUGCUACCCACACGAAAUGCCAGUGUUAUUUCCUUCCCAGAACAGAUUUAAUGGACAUGAGUCCCCCCAAAUUCCGCAGAAUUCGCGUUCCCGGACUGAACGGCGCCGCGACAUCGCCAGUCUUCUCACCGUCUGGCGAAUCUCUCGCAUUUCUCAAGAUGAGUGUUGAUGGAUAUGAAAGUGACAAGAAUCGAAUAGUUUUCGUGCAUGGCCUUUCUGGUGACCACGAAUUUUCGGCCACCGAACUCAUGCACACCUCCGACGGCAAAGGUGGAUGGGACCGCUCACCCUCGUCCCUCAAAUGGAGCGUUGAUGGCAAGACCCUACUUAUGGAAGCCGAAGACAAUGGCUGUGGUUGCCUGUUCGCAUUAGAUGUGGAGCUCCAAGCACCAGGCCCAAGCUGGCGACCUCGCCAAAUCACUCAAUCAGGCUACAUUAUCGAUUUCGCCCCUCUUUCGGCCGAUUCUUCCCUCUAUCUCGUCUCGUCCAACAGUCUCGUCGAUAACAGCACAUACAGCAUUGUUGAUACGUCCGGAGAGCGUGCGACCACAAUCAUAAGCUCCAUCUCGAACGGUGGCGCACGCUUUGGCUUGUCUCCUGACCAGGUCUCGUCGAUCUGGUGGAAGGGUGCCAAUUCUCAUCCAGUACACGCCUGGAUGAUGCGCCCGUCAUUCUUCCGCGCCGACCACAAGUACCCCCUGGCAUAUCUUAUCCAUGGAGGCCCUCAGGGAGCCUGGAAUGACCAGUGGUCUACACGUUGGAACCCUGCCGUGUUCGCGGAGCAAGGAUAUAUCGUCGUCUGUCCGAAUCCUACUGGAUCUACAGGCUACGGCCAAGCCUUCACGGAUGCGAUUCGUAACGAAUGGGGUGGAUUACCUUACGAGGAUCUUGUCAAGGGGUUUGAAUACAUCGAAUCGGAACUCGACUUCGUGGAUACGUCACGUGCUGUAGCUCUGGGCGCAUCGUACGGCGGCUUCAUGAUGAACUGGUUCCAAGGGCAUGACCUCGGUCGGAAGUUCAAAGCGCUGGUGUGUCACGAUGGCGUCUUCAGCAUGACUGGACAGCUGGCCAGCGAAGAACAGUAUUUCCCAAUUCACGACCUGGGCGGUCCUGUGUGGGAACGACAAGAAAUAUACGACAAGUGGGACCCAAGCCGGUUCACGAAGAAUUGGAGCACGCCGAUGCUAGUGAUCCAUAACGAGUUGGACUACCGGCUCACCAUCUCAGAAGGACUGAGUGCCUUCAAUGUGCUCCAAAUGAGAGGCGUUGAGAGUCGGUUCUUGAGUUUCCCCGACGAGAACCACUGGGUGCUGAAGCCGGAGAACAGUCUUGUCUGGCACCUAGUCGUGAUUAAUUGGAUCAAUAAAUUCGCGGGCUUGCCAAAGCUAGUCGAUCGGGAAGGUCGUGAUGGAUCAAUGUCUUCCAAGCAGAGUCAGCCACGGGGCCUUGUGAGGAGAAUUGGUGCAACGCAUCUUCAGCAGUGAUAGCACGCAUGAUUGUAGGAACGCAGCAAGGUGUUGGUGUAAUGGUGGCUGGUUAUGUAGGCUUGACUUGAGCAUCAGGCGAGUUGGAUUUGGAUUUAGCGUAGGCGAGGGAAGGCGUGAGGUCGGUGGAAGAAGUUCGGAAAUCUGGCACUUCUCAAGGAAGCCUGCAUAGUGUGAGAGCGGAACGAAGAUCUCGGCUUUUAUACAUGGAUUAUCUAUGAUACAGAGUCAUCUCUAGACUUGAAAGAACCUUCUCUUUCAGGAGGCUAGUAACUGGCUUCAAACCAGAAAUUACAGUAUUCUCCACUGUGAGGCGCUGGAGCAGUACUCUAUCCGCCUCCCGGAGUCGUGAAUGUGCUCUCAUUGCAUGUUGAUACAACAAGGCUG